AGGAAAUGGAAGCGUCAGCACACGCUCUGUCCUUUGCCCCAAACUGACACUGAACUGAACCACUCAGUAUCAGUACUCACCAAUUCCUUCUUCAUUCUCACCCUCUCCCUUCUUCCCGCCGAUCGAUCAACCGCUUCUGCCGGCGACCUUCUUCCCUUCAUUUUCCGGCACCCAUGGCCCAAGACCUUCCGGAUUCCCCCACCCAUUUCUCCAUCAUGCGCCCUCUGAUCUAGGGUUUCCUCCCUUUUCCACUCUUCUCCGUUUCCUGGAGAGUAAUGGAUUGCCAAUCCAAUCACACAUUUGAUUCAGAUGAAAGUGACAUUGAUAUCCAGGCCGAAAUCUAUGAGAAGGGUGGGAGUAUAGAUGAUAUUCAUAAGGACUUGGACUUUUGUCUGCGUGAAGAUGAUAAGGUAGCAGAGCAAUCUGUUGUGGAUUUACCUAUGGAUGGAGCAGAACCAUACAUAGGCAUGGAGUUUGGUUCUAGAGAUGAAGCUAGAGAAUUCUAUGUUAAUUAUGGUAGGCGUGUCGGAUUCACCGUUCGAAUACAUCAUAAUCGACGUUCCCGUGUCAACAAUCAGGUGAUUGGUCAGGAUUUUGUCUGUUCAAAAGAAGGAUUCCGAGCUAAGAAGUAUGUAUCCAGAAAAGAUAGGAUACUUCCAGCCCCACCUAUUACACGAGAGGGAUGUCAAGCAAUGAUAAGAUUAGCUUUAAGGGAUGGAGGGAAGUGGGCUGUCACAAAAUUUGUUAAAGAUCAUAAUCAUCUCUUGCUGAGUCCUAGUAAAGUUCCAUGGCGAGGAUCUGGAAAAAACUUGCUCACUGAGGAUGAGAAGGAUAAGAGGAUUCGAGAAUUGUCGCUCGAGUUGUACAAUGAGAAGCAGAAAUGUAAGAGAAAAUGUGCAGCAUAUGAAGAACAAUUGAAAGCAGUCUUGAAGGAGUUGGAAAUGCACACCGAAUGUAUAUCAAACAAAGUUGCAGAAGUAGUGAAGAGCAUUAGAGAAGUUGAAGAUGAAGAACACUCAGGAGGUUGGAAUCAAGGUUGGGUUUAGAUUGUCACAACUGCACUAACUUAUUUUAGAUGGGAUAAUGACUUCUAAGCUUUCAUUUUUUUUUGUUCAAGGAGCCAAAUGUUAACUCACAUAUUGUAGAUGGAUAUUGACUUCUUUGAGGAGCAUUUCAGUGUAUAAAGUAUUUAUCCUUGUUGGAAUGACACUUGGCAUUUGAAAACUUA